AAAAUAAAUUUGGGAAAGAGAGGCUGCGACAAUCUAGGGUAAAAUUGCUAAACAUAGUAAUACCAAGCAUCUCUUUGUUGCGAAUGAUGAGGAGCAAGCAACAAAACCAUAGGAAUGUUAGGUUCACAGACAAAGAAAUCCUGAAGAACAAAGAAAAAGAUCAAUGGAACUUUUGUGAAAUAAAAAGAGAGAAAACGAAAACAAAAUUUAUCAACAAAUAUUUCCAUACCCAGAUAAACAUAAUUUUCCAUAUACAGAAAAUAAAAAAUAAAAAUAAAAACCUCAAAAUUAUCUAUCCCCUCCUCCAAGCAAGACAGAGGCUGCAGCCUUCUUGUUUUUCUCAUACCAUAGUCUUUCAUGGCAUGACAGAAGAACAAUUGGAAGGCAAUAAAGAAGCAGAAGAAGACAACAACAAAAAAAACAUUGAUUCACCAUCAUCUCGAAUCACGAUUACAGUCGUGCGCAUAAUUAUUCAUGUGGAUUAUACAAAAAAAAAACAGCAAGGUUAUGACCGUUUCUCGAUGAAAGCUGAAGAAAUUAGUUAUUUCUGUUGAUUCGAGCAUCCUUCGGUCUUUCUGCAUCGGGAGGAACAAAGGGGCGAGAGAAAAGUUUGAUUUUUAGGUGUUGUGUUUGAUUUAUUAAAAGAAAAAAAGGGAUUGAUUAUCAGGGAGGCAACAAGAAUGAGGGUGGCAUCAGCUUUGAACAUGAAGAAGGAGGUGUUGGAAAAUCUGAUAAUAGGUGGAGGGCUUAUUCUGGUGCAAUUUGUGUAUGCUGGAAAUUCAGUUCUGCUGAGCUAUUUGAUGUCUCUUGGGCUUACCCCUCUCACCAUUGUCAUCUUCUCCACUUUUGCCACAUUCCUCAUCACCUCCCCUUUUGCUUUCUACUUUGAAAGGAGGAAAUGGCCCAAGAGAAUCAGCUUCAUGCUUGUUACCCAAUUGGUUCUCAUUUCAUUCGGAGGAGUGACCUUGUUCCAAUCUUUCUUCCUCAAGGGAAUUAACCUCACUUCUCCGGCCUUGGCAACAGCCAUGCCAAACCUUUCUCCAGGCUUGAUUUUCAUCAUUGCUUGGACACUAAGGAUGGAAAGGGUUAGAAUUGGGUGCAUUUAUAGCAAGGUGAAGAUCAUUGGAACAUUAUUGUGUGUUGUUGGUGCCUUAACUAUGAGUUUCAUGCAUAGUAGCACAAUCAAGGAGCCUGCCUUCAUCGCCUCCCCUAUUGAUGUUUUCAUCGACAAGGACAAGUUAGUCGGUUGCUUGUACCUCAUGGCUGCAGUUUUUGUGCUCUCCAGCAAUGUCGUGCUACAGGCAACAACGUUGGGUGAUUUUCCAGCACCAAUGUCGUUAUGUUCCAUAACAUCAGCGAUUGGUGUGAUGAUAACUGUAAUUGUGCAGCUGCUUCAAGGCCAGACUUGGGAUGUUUUCUUCCCUCUCGUGGAUGUUAGGGAUCUCGUUGGGUAUUCCUUAGUGGGAGGUGCAGUGGGAGGAGCAUGUGUGAGCUUCAAUGGAUGGGCCAUGAAAAAAAGAGGCCCAGUUUUGGUUGCCAUGUUCAGCCCAAUUGGGACAGUCAUUUCAGUUGUUCUCUCAGUUGUCACAUUGGGAGAGACCAUCAACAUUGGAAGCCUGUCAGGGAUGUUGUUGAUGUUCACGGGGCUCUACUUCUUUUUGUGGGCAAAGGGGAAAGAAGGCUAUUCGGAUGGCGUUGACCCUUUGCAAAGUAGUGAGUUCGACCCACAGAAGCCUCUCCUAAGUUAAACCCACAAAUUUGUUUUUGUUUUGCUCAUUCCAAAAAGUGUAAAUUAAUUCGUACGUCUUUUCUUUUCUUCUUUUUUUUUUUGGCGUUUUAAUUUAGGCAUGUAGAGAGGGGGGAAAUCCAUAACCUUAUCACGGAUGAGAUGAUGGUCAGUUUGUAAUUUGCACAAUUUUUUUUUUUCUAUCUUGGACAAUCAUACUUUAAGAUGACGACGGUGGCUGCAUGCAGAAUCUCCAGCUUAUCCAUUUCAAACAGUCAUCUAUUUAAGUGUGCUUAGUUAUCUAAUAUGUAAUUGUUGGAGAAAAGAGUUUAGAAGUCGA